GUGGUAUCAUAACUGAAGCUCCAAACGGGACAGAAGGGACAGGGCUAGUCAGACAUGGGCUCUUCGGGGGUGGUGAUUGCCGUAAGCAUAGCGUGGCUAGGAGGAGGGGAGGACAAGUGGUCCCCGCGAGGGGUUUGUUAUAAAGUAGCCCCCCUAUCACCACUUUCUCGUGGUCUUUCACAUACCCUUUCACUCCUCUACACACUCGCUAUCAGCGGUAUCUUUUUUCUUGUCAAUCCUAUCUACCUAACUUUCCUACCCAUCAACACUCACUCCAAUUCGUUCAAAAUUCCACCACUCCAAUCAUGCAAUUCAGAUUUCUCAUCGUUGCUUUAUUGACCGCUAGCGUUGCUCAUGCCGCCGAUCUCAUCGACAUCAAUAACGAGGUUACAUCCCGCGCCGGCGCUGCCACCAGCGUAAUUGGUGAUGUCAACUCGGGCCUCAGCCGGGUCACCGGGGCACCCUCGUCCAUCCGUUCAUCCAUUGGCUCCCGCGUCUCCAGCCUGGUAGGAGACAUCACCAACAUCGCGUCAAUUGCCUCGAAGGCCCAAAGCGAACUGAGCAAGUUCCAGACCUACAGCGGGUACUCCUCCAUCGCAUCCGGCUUCCAGAGUGCCAUCACCGCAGGCCCCGCCGCCGCUAGCAGUUACAUCGCCAAUCUCCCGUCCAAUGUUGACUCCUCUGCUCGCUCUGCACUCGCUUCCGCUCUGAGUGGUGCUGCGGCCGAGGUCGCGUCCAGCGGUACCGAAUCAUCCCCCAGCAAAACCGGGUCGGCUUCUGCCACCACCUCUCCCAAUGCCGCCGGGAAGAAUACCCUCGUCGGAAGUGUUCUUGGUGCUGCGGGUGUCCUUGCUGUUGCUUUGGCUUUAUAAAAGAAAAACGCGGGUAAAUAAAAUUACGUGGGCGGUAUAAUAGCAAGGACUCGGUUAUCAUCGAUUGGGACUUAGUCUUUCUUUUGUGUCCCUUCUUUCAUUGUUGUUUUUAUAAAAGGUUUUAACUCAAUCGCUCUCUGAUAGAGCAAUACAAUAUUCGUCUUUCUUCCCCCCCAAGAUACCGUACCAUUCGAAGUGCUCAACGGUCCGCGACGUGAUUGGCGUUCCAGUUCAUGGCGUGCGAUCAUCGAUCUCUGGCUGAAAAAAAGCAAAGCGAUGAAAAAAGAAAGCGCAAGCCCAGCAAUUUGACGUGUUUCUAGGGGGUAACGGGAUCUUUGCACAAGUAAAGCUAGUCUGUUUUGCCCGCUGACCAAGUGCUUGUAUUCGGGGGGGUCAUUAAAUAAUCGGAAACUCGGGAUGAUUUGUUCGGAGGAUUACCUUGUCCUGCAAGUGAUCCAACCUUACAGAUAUUCGGGAGCUCAGACCAGCCGUUUUGAGGCUACCGUGCUCGUACACUCACUAGAAGCCGCAAGUGAGAAUUUACUCGUAGAGCCUACCGUAUAUAAGUGGAGGGAAUUUUCAUUCUCGCAACAAACCCGUAGAAAAUCGAGUUAUUUUCGGCUCUGGCUUACGCCUUCCAUUUGUCGUUGCCGUGUUCUCGGGAUAUUCUUCGUAGCCAAUCCAGAGUCGACAAUUCCCGGAAAUAAUUGAA